AUGGCACUGGUCGACUACUCAUCGUCGGGCGAGGAUGAUGGGAACGGUGCAACGCCACCGCACGGCAAACCACCGGCCAAGCGACAGAAGACGAGAGGCUCGUCCACCGGUGGGAACGAGAUGCCGCCGCUGCCCCCCGAGUUUCACGACCUCUACGCGGCGACUGUGCGCCAGAGCACCGUCGACGACCCCUCGCUGCACCAGGGCCGCAAGAGACAGGUGCCGCACAUCGCGGGCCAGUGGCCGAGCCACGUCUACAUUGAGUGGCGCCCAAGCCUCGAGCAGCACGCGGUUCUGACGCGGCUCCUCGCCGGCGCAUCCUCGGCGCUGGGUAGCAGCGGCGGCGACGAGCUACAGUCGCUCGUGACGAGCGACCUAGAGACGCCGCUGCCUCUACACGUCAGCCUCUCGCGGCCGUUGUCGCUAGCGACGGCGGACAAGGACGAAUUUUUACGGCGUGCGGAGGCGUCCCUCGGCGGCGGCGGCGUGCGGCCGUUUGUCGUGCAGCCGAGCCGCCUUGCGUGGUUUACAUCGCCAGACUCGGGCCGCAGCUUCCUGGUCCUUAGCAUCGAGGCCGCGGCCGGCGCGGCGACGGAGGAUGGCGGACCGUUGAUGGCGCUGCUGCGCGCGAGCAACGCCGUGGCAACGCGCUUCAGUCAGCCGCUGCUGUACGCGGAUGAGGACACGGCGCGGACGGCGUUUCACCUCUCCAUUGCCUGGACAUUGGCGCGACCGCGGCGGGAGCUGCGGGAUGAGGAUGAGGAAGAGCCUGGUGGCUUGUCCACGUGGCAUUUACCACUGCCUGACGAGGUCCUGGCGUGGAGGAUUGCCGUGGACAGCGUCAAGGUCAAGAUUGGCAACGUCGUAACGAGUGUCGCGCUGUCCGGGCGGGCGCCGGGCCCGGACAAGACACGGUUCCUGUUUGACGAGGCUUGA